ACCACGUUUCUUUGUUCUGGUUCCUGCCGGCGAUGAUGAACGUGCAUCAAGCCGGUUCGGCUUCUUCUAAAUAAUCCAGUUCUGUUGCCGCUUUGUUCCGUGUUUCAUUUGUGUGUACUUUCAUUGUCGUUGAAGGAUUUGGGGAAUUAAGUUAUUUCGCUGCAAUAUUUGGUAGCAAGUGUUAUUCUUGCUGAGGAAUUCCAGAUCUAGUUUUGUUUUCGACUAACCUUCUCAUGUGGCUUGGCUGGGUUCUUGUCUUAGAAAAUGUUAUACAAGGGGUUGAAGAUGAACACCGUGGAGGAGCAGGUUCUAGCAGAGCAAGAAGCUUUGCUUGCAGAAUGCAAGUUUUAUGAGGGGGAGAAGGAACCGGAGACAAAGGAUGCGAAACUAGACCAUUAUGAACCCGCAGUUGUCGAUGGGGUACCUGUUGGUCCUCCUUCAACUGUCCUAGGAGCUCCAGUCCCCCGCUCCCCUUGGUCUACUAGCCUUUUGAGCUGCUUUGGAAGUUUCGAUGAGCACUUUACCAGUGAUCUUCAAGUUUGUGUCAUGGGAACUUUUGCACCAUGUGUGCUGUAUGGCAGCAAUAUGGAGCGUCUGUAUCCAGGAGAAGAAGGUAUUUCUAGGCACCACUGCCUGAUGUACAGCUACCUUUACAUCAUGGGAGCCAACUUACUUAACCUGAAUCUAGCCCCUUGUAUCUCAGUUGGAUCACGCGUUGCACUUCGCCGGAAGUAUAAUUUGGAGGGUAGCGGGGAUUGCUGCUUCACUGAGUCAGGUGAUGAGGAGAGCAGGGAAGGGUUCAACACAUUCUGUGAUGUAUUCUCCCACUUCGUGUGUCAUUCUUGUGCUUUGUGUCAAGAGGGACGGGAAUUGCGACGGCGCACUCGUUACCCAUAUUACCAGCCAUACAUGCCCAUGACACCCCCGAUGGAACAGAGCAUGAGUCCCCAGAUGUGAAGGGGUUUUGUUCCUCGUGAGCUCUGAGAUAUGUGUGCUUGUAUUGUUCAUAAAAGGAGGAUUCUUUUCUAGUAGCAGAUUUUAUAUUAUCUUAGCUGGAAUAGUGAAGAGGAAUAUUCGUCACUCCAAAGCAGAGCUUUAUAUCUUGUACAUUUAUGAUUGAAACAGUAAUCAAAAUACAUUAUUGUGAGUUA